AUGCCAAUGGAGAGGUCGGUGUCGUGCGCGGAGAGGGGAAGCAUGUACGGGGGCGGGGCGGGGGUGGACCUGCGGAGCUACAGCGCCUCGUACGCGCGGCCGCAGCCGCCGCGGUCGUCGUCGACCAGGGUGCAGCGCGCCAGGAGCGUGAGCUCGUGGGCGCGCCCGGCGCCGCCGCCCGUGCAGCGGACCGGGAGCACCAAGAGCGGCGUCGCCGGCACAGGUCGCCCCACCCCGGGUAUCAACCUGCGCUCCUACAGCGCCUCCUACGCGGCCUCCUACGGGCCCACCCUGCAGGUCGACGGCGGCGCCGGCGCCGGCGGCGGGCAGCUCAAGCGCUCCGGCAGCGUCACCAACUGGACCUCCGCCAACCGCCGCUCCGUCAACCUCAGAGGGUACACCCCGUCCUUCGCCGCGCUGGACGACACCGCCGCCGCCGCCGCCGUCCCGGCGCCCAAGAAGGUGGACGACGCCGAGCUGCAGCGGAGGAAGCGGCUCGUCGUCUACAAGACGUACGACGUGGAGGGCAAGGUCCGGGAGUCGGUGCGCCGCAGCGUCAACUGGAUCAAGGGCAAGUGCUCCGGCAUGGUGUACCGGUGGUGA